AUGGAAAACGGGAAUGAGCUCAUCGGAGGAGGUUUUAGAUGGACUUUGACUUUCACAGUUGUACCUACAGCUCUUGGAACAGCUCUGGAUAUCAACCUGAGUAAUGCAUCCCUUGUUUUCAUCUCUGUUACAUUUGCCACAAUGUGUAAAUCUGCAUCUCCAAUAUUUCUUCUUAUAUUUGCUUUUGCAUUCAGGUUGGAGUAUCCGAGCGUAAAACUUUUUGGCAUAAUCAUAAUAAUCUCCAUCGGAAUUUUAUUAACAGUUGCAAAGGAGACAGAGUUUGAGCUCUGGGGUUUUGUUUUUGUUAUGCUUGCUGCUGUUAUGUCUGGGUUUCGCUGGUGCAUGACUCAAAUUCUUCUGCAGAAAGAAGCCUAUGGUUUGAAAAAUCCGCUUACCUUCAUGAGCUAUGUGACUCCUGUCAUGGCUUUGGCAACUGGUCUUCUUUCCCUUAUCCUGGAUCCAUGGAAUGAAUUCCGAAGAAACAAUUAUUUUGAUAGUUCGUGGCAUAUCACUCGAAGUUGCUUUUUGAUGCUUUUUGGUGGAACACUUGCUUUUUUUAUGGUUUUAACAGAAUAUAUACUAAUAUCUGUAACUAGCGCUGUUACCGUCACAAUAGCAGGUGUUGUCAAGGAGGCAGUCACCAUAUUGGUUGCAGUGUUUUACUUCCAUGAUGAUUUUACCUGGUUGAAAGGUGCUGGUCUGGUCACAAUUAUGAUUGGUGUCAGUUUGUUCAACUGGUACAAAUAUGAAAAGCUUAAGAAGGGUCAAUCAAAUGGAGACGAGGGUGCAAUAUCAUCUACAUCGAAUGCUGCUGGCAAAUACGUUAUCCUCGAGGAGAUGGAUGAUCAUGACAAUGAUGGUGAUUGAGAGCCUCAGCCAUAAGCUGCUAUGGACUUAACGAGUAAGUUUCGCCACCAACUUGAGAUAUUUGACGUUUGCUGAUAUAUCAAAUCGUCAACCAUUUUACUUGUUGGAACCGCUUGGGAAAUUGGUGGAAAACCUAGAGGAAUGUUUUUCCUCUAACCUAUCCGCAUCAAUGGGAAAAUCCUAUUUGCUAUGGAAGCUGCCUCAAGGGUUUUCCUUGAGAAUAUAUAGGAUGUUUAUGUUAUACAUUUUCUUCAACAUUGAGGAUUUUGUUAAUUGAAUUGUCUUUAUUCUUUACCCAUUACUACUGAGGCAGUACAGCUGUAUAUUUCUGGCAUGUCAUAUGUUAAAAAGUUGCUACCUUUUUGUCGUCAAA